GAUCUCGCAUUCCAAAAACUUAUAUUUAUAACAAUGCUUGCAUGGGAGCAACCUUAUAGUGAAGCUGAUGGCUCACAAUAUCCUUCAGAGAAGUUUUCUCUACAGAAAAGAUUAGUUGGUGAAAAUGCAUUUGUUCGAAUUGCUCCAGUAGUUGCUGGAGUAGCUGAUGCAUCAACGACCCAUUAUUUGUUUAGAGCUCUUGCUGGAGAUGAGCAUGGGAUCAGCUGGAGCUUGUGGACAAGAUUUAUUGCUGAACUUAUCAAGGUGCAUAAAGGAAGGAAAUCUCAUCAAACUUCUAGUCAUCUUUUGCCUGCCGAGCAACUUCUGUGCAUAGGCCAUGGUAGGCAGCGACCUGUUUUAAAGUGGGAGGAUAACAUAGCAUGGCCUGGGAAUCUGACAUUGACAGAUUCCACUCUAUACUUUGAGGGAAUUCAAUUUAAAGGUUUUAAAGAACCUAUUAAACUUAAUCUUUCAAGUCAAGGUUCAAGAGUUGAGAAAGUAAAAGUAGGACCAUUUGGUUCCAAACUACUUGACUCUGCUGUCUCUGUUUCUUCUGGUGACAGGCAAGAAACUUGGAUUCUGGAAUUCGUUGAUUUUGGUGGUGAAUCAAGAAGAGAUGUUUGGCAUUCUUGCAUUAGUGAAGUUAUCUCACUAUACGAAUUUAUACGGGAAUAUGGACCCGAUGAUGAAGAUGCUUCAAUCCAUCAUGUAUACGGUGCUCAUAGAGGGAGAAGAAGAGCAAUCAGUAGUGCAGCAAACAGCAUCGCAAGGCUACAGUCUUUGCAGAGUAUUCAAAGGCUAUCAGAGGAUCCAACUAAAUUAGCGCAAUUCUCAUAUUUAAAAAAUGCCCCUGGUGGUGAUAUUGUUCUCCAGACUUUAGCGGUUAAUUUUUGGGGUGGGCCUUUGAUAAAGAAGUUUGAGCAAACGGGUCAUGGAGUAGUACAAUGGUCGAGGCCUUCUGAAGAUUUUUCCAGUGGCAGCGAACAUGUAUUUGAUCUUGAUGGAAGUGUAUAUCUGCGCAAAUGGAUGAAAUCUUCAAGUUGGACGUCUAGCUCCUCUGUUGCCUUCUGGAAGAACUCAUCGGUUAAACAUGGGAUUAUGCUAGCUAAGAAUCUUGUUGUUUCUGAUCUAAACCUUGUAGAACGAGCAGCAUUGACAUGCAAAGAGAAAAGUUAUAAAGUGGAGAAAACUCAGGCCACACUGGAUGCUGCUAUGAUUAAAGGAAUUCCUAGCAAUAUUGACCUUUUCAAGGAACUUGCGCUUCCUUGCACCAUUCUUGCCCAAAAGUUAGACAAACUUAGGCGCUGGGAGAAGCCAAUUUGGACUUCAGCUUUCCUUGUGUUUGCCUAUGCCGUUAUAUUUAGAAACCUACUACCCUAUGUAUUCCCUGUGAUGCUGCUUAUCAGCUCCGCUACUAUGCUACUGUUGAAGGGCCUUAAAGAGCAAGGCAGAUUGGGAAGAUCUUUUGGCAAAGUAACAAUACGUGAUCAACCACCCUCGAACACAAUCCAGAAAAUUGUAGCUCUUAAAGAAGCCAUUUCUGAUAUAGAAAUCCGCCUUCAAAAUCUGAACAUUUCACUUCUCAAGUUUAGGACAAUAAUCCUAGCAGGCCAACCCGAGAAUGGCGUUAGAGGGCUAAUGUUGGAUAUGUAUGAUUUUCUGAAUGACAUCUGGUUAUGCCAUUCCUUCGGCGGCAACUGCUACAAUUUCACCGCCUUUCAACCUGCCAUUAACGUGCUUAAAGAGAUACAGACCUUCCUUGAAUCAAAUCCUUCAGAAGUCAUUACCAUAUUCAUUGAGGAUUACGUUGCUUCCCCGCAAGGCCUGACCAAGGUUUUCAAUGCUUCCGGUCUCUAUAAAUACUGGUUCCCUGUAUCAGAAAUGCCCAAGAAAGGUGGAGACUGGCCUCUGCUCAGCGAUAUAAUUGCUAAGAACCAAAGGUUGCUGGUCUUCACUUCAAAGAAGAAGAAGGAAGCUUCUGAAGGAAUUGCUUAUGAGUGGAACUAUGUGGUUGAAAACCAAUAUGGUGAUAAUGGCUUGAAGGCAGGAACAUGCCCUAAUAGAGCUGAGUCUUCUCCAAUGAAAACAAGUUCAAAGUCCCUUGUUCUCAUGAACUAUUUUCCUGAUAAUCCAAACAGCACGGCUGCUUGUGCUGACAAUUCAGCUCCUCUGGUUGACAUGCUGAAUACUUGUCACGCUCAGUCUGGAAACCGUUGGGCUAAUUUCAUCGCUGUAGACUUCUACAAGGAAAGCGAUGGAGGAGGAGCACCAGAGGCAACUGACAUCGCAAAUGGGCACAUGGUUUGUGGAUGUGACAAUAUUGCUUAUUGCAUUCAAAACGCCACAUUUGGGACCUGCAAAGCUGCUCCUCCGCCAAGACCAACCGUAGCAAAUAAUCCUUCCAGCAAUCACUCACCGCAGCAACGGUCAGAUGCCUCCUGCUUAACUAUAAAUUCUCUAUCCAUUUUUUUCAUCCCAUUUUACACCAUCAUUCAUUCUUUUCUCCACUUAAUUUAGUCUUACAUAUAUAUACAUCAUUUAGUAAUUUGUAUUAUUUAUUUGCACUAUUGAGAAUUUGAUUAAAUGAUGUGUAUCAUAUAAGAAGUAGGUAGUUCAUCAAAAGUAUAUAUUUGAAAACUUUUUAUGCGCAUAAGUUUUAGUGAAAAUGUACAUGCAUUGUUAUAUGAUCUUGUCCUUCCAACUUUAUUCUGAAUAAACUUCAUAACUUUUAUAUUUUAUUUUAAAUUAUACAAUCCAAGUGCAGAUCACAGUUUAUAUAGAGCAUUGUUAUGAAAAUGAUAAGAUAUCCACGGGUUAAAAUACAUGAGAAAUUUACAUGCCAUGGAUUAGCACGCUAAAUUUUGAGUUGGGCAACAAAGCAUCAAGUUAUUUUGUUAUAUAGGCAAUAAAAUCAAAGAACUUCCUGCAAACUCACUUUCUUUGCUUUAGGGAGAGAGAUAGAGAGAGAGACACUGAUUAAUUCUUAACAUUAUUCAUUCUUAACAUUAAAGAAAUAAUUAAACUAUAAUUACUACAAAUCCAAAAAAAAAAGAAGA